AUGGAGAUCAUUCUGAAUGUGAUAGAACCAUUCCACCUCCUUGUUGGAGCAGAAAUGAUGGAUGACCUAAAAUACCCUUUACAAGACAACAUUGUACCCAUUUGGGCUGUCCUAAUUAUUGCAAUAUUAUUGCCACUUGUGGUCAUACUCAUAUAUUACUUUAUCAGAAAGGAUGUUUAUGAUCUUCAUCAAGCCGUGCUAGGUCUUCUAUUUUUAGUACUUGUUACAGGAGUUUUGACUGAUGCAAUCAAAGAUGUAGUUGGGAGACCUCGUCCUGACUUUUUCUGGCUUUUCUUUCCUGAUGACAAGGGGUUUUUUGAUCCCGUUACAUGUAAUGUGAUGUGUAUUGGAUUAAAAUCCAUUAUCAAAGAAGGACACAAAAGCUUCCCGAGUGGACACACGUCUUGGUGCUUUGCUGGACUUGGUUUUCUCUCAUGGUACACAGCUGGAAAAAUCAGGGCAUUUGACCAAAGAGGCCACGUGGCAAAGCUUUGCAUCAUUGUCUUCCCUUUUCUCAUUGCAACUUUAGUUGGUGUCUCACGUGUUGAUGACUAUUGGCAUCAUUGGCAAGAUGUUGUAGCCAAGAUACAUUCAGGUUGCAGCCAAUAUUCGGAAACGAGGAGUGUGAAUGGAAAUUUCCUCAUGAAACUCUGCUUUAAGUCAAUCUUCUUCAUACUUUUCCUUCUACCUCUAUCUUCAACUGAUUUAAACUUAGAUAAACAAGCGCUUUUAGCUUUUUCCAAUUCUGUCCCUCAUGGCCCAAAGCUCAACUGGAACAACAACACUGAAAUCUGCAAUUCAUGUGUAGGCAUACACUAUACUUCAGAUGGGACUUGUGUCUUUGCCCUUCGAAUUCCUGCAAUUGGGCUCAAAGGCCCAAUUUAA